GGAAAGUUUGCGACCGUUCGGCGUUGUGUAGAGAGAAAUACAGGCAAUGAAUUCGCCGCUAAAUUCAUUCGUAAAAGAAGUUCUACCGGAAGAAUAGGGCAGACAUUAGACGAUAUCUACCGUGAGGUCGACUUAUUGAGAGAAAUUGAUAACAAAUAUAUCGUAAAAUUAUAUGACGUUUUUGAUUGUGGAAAUGAAAUGAUAAUUAUAUUAGAAUUAGUAAAAGGCGGCGAACUUUUCGAUUUGAUUUCAUAUAAAGGGUUUUUAGAAGAAGAAGAAGCGAUUCAUUAUAUAAAACAGAUUCUAAUGGCUGUCAAGCAUUUGCACGACAGAGAUAUCGUUCAUUUGGAUCUAAAACCGGAAAACAUAUUAUUAACCGAUAAAAUUUCCAAAGAUAUUAAAUUAAUUGAUUUCGGAAUAUCACGAAAAAUUAUAAAUAAUUUAGACGUUAAAGGUCUCUAUGGAACCCCAGAAUUUGUAGCACCAGAGAUAAUAAAUUACGAAUCGAUGAGCACUGGAACAGACAUGUGGGCCAUCGGUUGCAUUGCAUAUAAUUUGUUGAGCGGCGGAUCACCAUUUCUGGGCGAUACUAAACAAAAAACAUUUGUUAAUAUAACAGCUGUUGACUAUCAUUUCGACGGACAAUACUUUUGCAAUAUUAGUACUGAAGCUAAAGAUUUUAUAUCAAGACUACUAAAAACGCUAUACAGUUCGCCAAUAGUCAUUCGUUUGACCAACGAUUACACUCUGGCU